GCCACGAACUUUCUUCCCGAAGCAACAGCCAACUGUACGGACGAGAAUCUCCCUAGCUCCCCUCCCCCACUGCCCCUUCUCUCCGGCGACGAGACGCCUUGCUGCCGGCUAUCUACGCCGGCGCCAUCCGACUUCUUACAGCUUUUCAAUCAUUUGUCCCAUCCCUGUAUCUCUAAGGACCCAGCUCUGUUAUGGGUGCUGUAGAAACUGCCGCGGAUGCUGGGACCCGCCUACCCAUUGAAGCAAAGAAGAUUUUACAUUCAAUGGCUUCCCACUGGGAAGACGUCCUUGAUUCAAAUGCCCUGCAGGUGAUGCCACUCAAGGGUGCGAUGACAAAUGAAGUUUUCCAGAUAAAGUGGCCGACAAAAGAUGAAGAUGUCUCAAGGAAAGUUGUAGUCAGAAUCUACGGCGAGGGUGUGGAAGUGUUCUUCGACCGGGAUGAUGAGAUCCGGACAUUUGAGUUCAUGUCAAAGCAUGGGCAAGGGCCUCGUCUCCUCGGGAGGUUUUCUAGUGGGAGAAUCGAAGAGUUCAUUCAUGCAAGGACCCUAUCAGCUCCCGACCUGCGUGAUCCAGAGAUUUCUGCUCGUAUAGCAACUAAAAUGAAGGAGUUUCAUGAUCUUGAUAUGCCAGGCUCGAAGAAUGUUACUCUGUGGGAUAGGUUAAAAAAAUGGCUUAGAACGGCCAAGAAUAUGGCUACUCCUAAAGAAGCCCAUGAUGUUAACUUGGACGCCGUUGAAGGGGAAAUUGAUCUAUUGCAAAAAGAGCUUAUGGAGGAUCGACGUAUAGGAUUUUGCCACAAUGAUCUGCAAUAUGGUAACAUUAUGAUGGAUGAGGAGACCAAAAUGAUUACCAUCAUUGACUAUGAGUACUCGAGUUACAAUCCUAUUGCCUUUGAUAUAGCAAAUCAUUUUUGUGAGAUGGCUGCUGAUUACCAUACAGAGACUCCCCAUGUGCUAGACUACGGAAAAUAUCCUGGUCUGGAGGAGCGCCAGAGGUUCGUGUAUACAUAUCUGAGUUCUUCAGGUCAUGUACCUUGCCAAAACGAUGUAGAUCAGUUGCUCGGGGACAUUGAGAAGUACACUCUUGCAAGCCAUCUAUUCUGGGGAUUGUGGGGGAUAAUAUCGGAGCAUGUGAAUGAGAUUGAUUUCGACUACGUGGAGUACGCAAAGCAGAGGUUCAACCAGUUCUGGUUGAGGAGAGACGAGCUGUUGAAGUAAUAUCUCCCGAUAAGCUGUGGGAUUUGGUCUUGAAAUUUUGUACUAUACGAGUACAGUCAGGGAUUCAGCCUGUGUAAAUUUCGUGGGGGCGCAACUGUAAUGAAGAAUUCGUAUGAGGCUACUUGGCUGUUUCGCUGCUUUUACAAGAUGAGCGAAAAAUGUCUCGCUGCCCUUGUGUAAAAAUGUCUUGAUGCUGGCAACAUAAUGGUUUCAAGUCUUUUAUAUGUUCUUAUUCUUAUUCGCACAAUUUGUCGUCGUCGGGAUUGAAGUUAAGGAUCAAUUAUUCAAAUUUAUUGUACUUC